ACGCGGAGCUCCGCCGCUGUCGGUGAGCAGAACAGACUUCCCUCAAACUGUCCGACAGAGAAACACUCACUGACUGUCGGUGGACCGUCGGUGGACCGUCGGUGUUCGGAUUCACGGACCGAACGAGGAGAAACCGCGGCGGACAUUUUGGAUCCGACCGCUUGCUAACAGCUAACAGCUAACAGAACCGGGUCGUCCGCUGGGUCGGAACUUAUGGCUCGGCCGAGGAAGAAAACCUCUGCUGGGCGUUUAGCAUGAGGCUCUGCGGGGGGAGACGACUGGAAGACAACAGGGAAAACAACAACAACAACAACAACAACAACAACAAACAGAGGAGGAAGACUGAGAGAGCGGACCGGUGACAUUUAUUCUCUCCAGCAGAGGAAGAGGAGGAAGAUGGGAGGAAGAGUGGAGCUGCUGGAGAUCUGCUGCCUGCUGCUGCUGCUGCUGAGUGGACACUCACACUGCAGAGACUCCCAGCAGACAGAACACCUCUCCUCCUAUCAGCUGACUGUCCCUCGACCAAUAGGAGGCCGGCUGAGGCGGGACGUGGACGGAAGACCGCCCAAUCAGGUCUCUUAUGUCAUCAGUGUGGAUGGAAAUGAUCAUGUUGUCCAUCUGGAGAGAAAUGAACUGCUGCUUCCUGCAGACUUCACUGUGUUCUCCUACAGUGAGAAUGGAUCACUGAUCACCUCCAGACCACCUGUACAGGACCACUGUCACUAUCGGGGCUUCGUUCAGGACGUGGACGGUUCUUCUGUCGCUGUGAGCAUCUGCAACGGCCUCAGAGGAGUGUUGCAUCUCACUGACGAUAGUUAUGGUAUCGAGCCGUUAGACUCCGCCCCCGACCAGCACCUGGUGUACCGCCUGCAGGAUGUGACAUCACAGCCACGGGGCUGCGGAACGCCGCACGGCGACGAGCACGAUCACAACAACGCCACGGAGCACGCUCAGUACAGACCGGAGGGAAUCCACCACAGACAGCACAGCAGGAUGAAACGAGCUAUUCUCCAUAAGACUCACUAUGUGGAGCUGCUGCUGGUGGUCGACAACGACAGGUAUAAUUAUAUGAACAGGAACUCAACAGCAGUGACGGAGGAGAUGGUUCAUCUGGCAAACUUCAUAGACAGCAUCUACAUGCAGCUGAACAUUCGGGUGGUCCUGGUCGGUCUGGAGAUCUGGACCCUGCAGAACCCGAUCAGCACCGACGGAUCAGCCGGAGAAGUGCUGAGUCGCUUCACCCAGUGGAGAGAGAAAGAGCUGGUUGCUCGCCGUCGCCACGACUCAGCACAACUCAUCCUGAAGAAGAGUUUUGGGGGAACAGCUGGGAUGGCCUUCGUCUCCACUGUCUGCUCCAGAAGCCACGGGGGCGGGAUCAAUGCGUUCACCAAUAACAAUCUUCCCUCGUUCGCCUCCAUCGUGGCUCAUGAACUCGGUCACAACCUCGGGAUGAACCACGACGACGGACGCCAAUGCACGUGCCCGACCCUCGCCUGCAUCAUGAACUCUGGAGCCACAGGCUCCAGGAACUUCAGCAGCUGCAGUGCUGAGGACUUUGAGAAGAUGAUCUUGUUGACGGGGGGAACGUGUCUCCUGAACGUCCCUCGUCCUGACGAAGCGUACAGCGCUCCGUUCUGUGGCAACCGGCUGGUGGACGUUGGAGAGGAGUGUGACUGCGGCUCUCAGAAGGAGUGUGAGGAGGACCCCUGCUGUGAGUAUCAGACCUGUAAACUGAAGUCUGGAGCUCAGUGUGCCUACGGAGAGUGCUGCUUCAAAUGUCAGUACCUACCAGGUGGAACGGUGUGUCGGUCCAGUACAGAUGAGUGUGAUCUACCUGAGUACUGUAACGGCUCCUCGUCCCUCUGUCAGAGCGACGUCUUUGUCCAGAACGGGCAGCCGUGCAGGAACCAGCUGGCGUUCUGUUAUAACGGGAAGUGUCAGCACUACGACGGCCAGUGUCAGGCUAUAUUUGGACCCAAGGCGAAGGCAGCUCCUGAACUCUGUUUUAAAGACGUCAACAGUAAAGGAGAUCGCUUCGGUAACUGCGGUUACCAUAACUACGGCUACAAGAAGUGUGAGAGCAGAAACGCUCAGUGCGGGAAGCUGCAGUGCUCCAACGUUCAGGCUCAGACGACCUUCGGCAUCGAACCGUCGAUCAUCAGCACGCCGAUCACCGGAGGAAAAUGUUACGGAGUCGACUUCAUGUUGGGAUCAGACGUUCCCGAUCCGGGAAUGGUGAACGAAGGGACCAAGUGUGGAGACAACAAGGUCUGCAUGAACUUUGAGUGUCGCAGCGCUGACAUCCUGAACUACGACUGUGACGUGGAGAAGAAAUGUCACGGACACGGGGUGUGUAACAGUAACAAGAACUGUCACUGUGACGACGGCUGGGCGGCACCUUUCUGUGAGGUCAAAGGUUACGGUGGCAGCGUGGACAGCGGACCCACCUGGAACGAUAAAGACACGUCCCUCAGAGACGGCCUGUUGGUCUUCUUCUUCAUCGUUCUUCCUCUGCUCGCUCUGGGUGCGUUUGUUUUCCUGCGCAGGAACGAGCUGCUGCGACGAAUCGGGCUGAGCCGCAGGAAGAGGGCUGACGGAGCAGCUCCGGCCAAUCCCAGCAGAGCGCCGCCUCCCAGAGCGCAGCCUCCAUCUGUUGCCCGGGGCAACGCCAACAACAUCGUCAGAGACGGGGAGCCCGGUGAUGAUGAUGAUGAUGAUGAUGUCACUGUGCUCCCGCACCACGCUCAGCUACUGCCGCCACAGGAGGUGGUGGAGACCAGCAGGACGGCUCCCUCCUACGCUCUGAGGCCUCCUCCUCCUCCUCUAAAACCGAAACCUUCUGCUGCAUCACAGCCUUUGGUGCCUCAAAGACCCGCCCCCGCUCCACCUGUUUAACCAAUCAGAGGGCCCCGCCCCUCCCCCACACACCUGGAUGACACCCCCCCCCUCCUCCUCCUCUUCUUCUUCUCCUCCUCCUCUUCAAAACUCAGUCCCUACCCACUUAGAGCUGGUUACCGAGCAACAGCCAGGAAACGAUCCUGGAUCCAAGACGGAAGUCUGCCGGGGCCGGACUACGACCUGGACCCAGUCGGACACACCGGGACUGAACUGAAGCAGCUACUGUUCUCUACAAUCUCUCUCUCUCUCUCUCUCUCUCUCUCUCUCUCUCUCUCUCUCUCUCUCUCUCUGUCUCUCUCUCUCUCUCUCUCUCUCUCUGUCUCUCUCUCUCUCUCUCUCUCUCUCUCUCUCUCUCUCUCUCUCUCUCUCUCUCUCUCUCUCUCUCUCUCUCUCUCUCUCUCUCUCUCUCUCUUUGUGCAGCCUGGAGAUAAAACUCCAUCAGGUGACACACAAUCUGCUCCGUCACCAAACCAGCCAAUCACAUCUCCAGAACAGCUGUGACAUCAACAAGCCAAAUAAUAGAUCAACUUAAUCAUGACUCAGCCAAAGAAUUUAUUAGUCAGCAUUUUAUAUUCCUGCUGUAAAAAGCUGUUUUACUUAUGUCAUAAGUUAUGUAGCAUCCAGUUUAUUACCAGUUAAACAGUUAACCUUGUUAAUUCACUACCCAAUGAAAAGAAAGUGGUUAUAAAUAUGUUUUAUUAAUAAUAAGCCAAUGUUAGUUAAUUAGAACUGACUAGUUAACUACUGUAUGCUAACUAACAAUGCUAGCACAGCUGUACAUCUUGUGAAGCUUCCUGAUCAAUCAAACAUUUAUUCAUCAGCUGUUUUAAUUCACCAUCAAUCUUUGUUACUGAUUGUAAUUUGAUUAGUGAGCUCGUUAGCAAACGUUAGCUCGCUGAGAACAAACUUAAAGGCCAUGAGGCUUCUUUCUACAUGCUAACGCUAUAAAGCAUAUAUAUUACUGUUAAUGUCACUAUUUGGACAGUAAUAAGAAAUAAAUGUAAUUUUUGUGACUAAUUGUCAGUUAGUGUUACCACCAUAUUGUCUGUGUCACAGUUUAUAAUAAUAACUGUGACACAAAUAAAAAGAAGGUUUUUAAACAGUCACUUUGAUUUUAAAGCCGACAACAGAAACUUCUCUUCCAUUGAUUUUAAUGAAACUACAGCUGGCUAUCUUUAACUGAGUCUGAAAUGAGUGAAUCAUAUGUAACCUCAAUAAUCCCAAUCUGCUCUGGCAGUGAUGACAGUUACUAUUGAGUAAACUAUAUAACCAAUAUCUCUCGUCUUAAUGGAUAGAAACUGAUUUUAAAGUAUUUCUUGAAACUGAAAAUCCUGUAAUGAUAAAGACUGGAGAAGUUUAACUAACGGUUUAGCUGCACGUACUGAAGUGCUUCACUCUGAUUGGCUGGUUUGAGGACACAAAGGUCACUGGAGGCGGGGCUUGCACUUGGCUACUUCCUGUUUUUCUGUCUCUGAAUGAAAGCACUGGUGCCGUCUGAUUGCACUUCCCCUCUGAGCAGCACUGUCAUAGGAAUGUAACGCACCCCUGCUGCGGUGUGCGGGUGCGCUUGGUCUCCUCCACCUGGUUCGCCCGGCGCUCCUUCUCCACAAUUGUAAAAUCACAGUAUGCAACAGCGUGUGAGUGCAGAGCUCCUCCGGGUUUUACUUCCUGUCCUCUGGAUCUGGAUCUGGAUCUGGAUCUAGAUCUGGAUCUGGAUCUGGAUCUGGAUCUGGAUCUGCGCGGUACGUGGAUGUUUGUGGCUGCGCUGGCUGACGUUCCUGCAGGGAAUGUACGAUCACCUCGUUUAGUUUUAUCUCCUGAAACCCUUCAGCACUGUUCAAUCUGAAGUCUGUGACGUUCAGGAUGACCAACUGUCCCACUGGAGGUUGUUAAAAGGUUGUUAAAAGGUUGUUAAAAGGUUGUUAAAAGGUUGUUAAAAGCCUUCUGGGAAAUGUAUGCAACUUGGUCUCAUCGACAGUCAACAAACACCUGAAUACACAAAAUAAAUGACAAUAAUGAAUAUUGUGUGAACUCUCCUGAAGGUCACAGAUUGAAGACGUGUUGCAGUGCUGAAGGUGGAAGUGAUCCGUUAAACUCACAGCUGGAACACCUGCUUCUGUUACCGUCACCUGAGUGGUAAUCGGACGGGUUCUGAACAUUUAAAAAGCAUUCAGGACGUUUCAGUUUCUCUCUGUGAACGCUCGCCGGCCGGCUCCAGAGUCCCUCAACAGGCUCACAGGUUUCAUUCAAAGCAGGGAUUUCUACAGCACCAGUAAACCAAAUGUUUCUGUAUGUGUCUGACUGGCUUCAUCUGCUGUUAACUGACUGUUAGCACUGUUAGCCGGCUAGCUGCACGCUGCAGUUAAUGAACCUGGACGCACUGUGUGAGGAGAACUUCAUGUGGAUAUUUUCUCUGCUUUAGUAUAUUUUUAAUUUGCGCAGUGAACACGAGGACUCGACUGAGGAUUAAAAUAAGUAACUCAUAGGGCUAAUCUUCUGUCAGUGGAAUCAUUUUCAUGCCAAAACACAGUGAAGAGUAAUCAGUGUCUCCCCCCAACUGUUCCUGAGGAAAGAAAACUCUGUUCAGGAGGUUAUUUAGAGACGUGAGAGCAGCUGGAGCUGAAGCUCACAAGAGCAUCAGAUUACAGUCGGUCAACUGUUUCUGCUGACCACUUUAAACAGUUGCUGAUCUUCUGCAGUGGAUUCAGAUCAACAGAUCUGGUGUUCAGGCUCAAACCAACACUGUGAUCUUCCUCACAGAUCAAUGAACACACACUGCUGCCACGAAUACGGCACCAAGUGUGGAUUCAUCCGCCGCUGAAAAUAGUCCCCAACAAAAGUACAUCACCAAUAAAAGCUGCAGUAAUCCCAGUUCAAUACUUUAUUUCAACUUAUUUUUAGGAUUUAUGAAUUAAUAGUUCAGUGGCUUUCAGGUAAAACUGCGGUCUGGGGACCAACAGGGGUCCUUUGGGUGGGUUGUAGGGGGUCGUCAGCUAAAGGAGGAACAGAGUAUGUUUAUUAAAAAAUGUAAAGUAGGAACAACAAGGAAAGACUGGGAUUGGUUGUAAUGUGUGGUUCCAACCUUUGAUUAUUAAUUAACUGAAGUCUUUUUUUUUAUCUUUAUACCUAAAUAGGAAAAGUGACUCUCUCCAGGGCAGUUUGAGGACAGUUUGAGGACCGUUUGAGGACCGUUUGGGGACAGUUUGAGGACAGUUUGAGGGCUGUUAGAGGGACAGUUUGAGGGCAGUUUUGGGGGCAGUUUGAGGGCUGUUUGAGGACAGUUUGAGGGCUGUUAAGGGACAGUUUGAGGGCAGUUUUGGGGGCAGUUUGAGGGCUGUUUGAGGACAGUUUGAGGGCUGUUAAGGGACAGUUUGAGGGCAGUUUUGGGGGCAGUUUGAGGACAGUUUGAGGGCAGUUUGAGGACAGUUUGAGGGCAGUUUGAGGACAGUUUGAGGGCAGUUUGAGGGCUGUCUUACAUUGGAGCAUUAUUUAAUCGGCCCACAGAGAUCUGCAGAUUGAUUUAAUCAGCUGAUGGUUGCAGCUCUGUUUCCUUCAGUGAGCUCACAUAAAACAGAAAGCUCAGUAUGUUUGUAAAGGAAAUAUUUGACAUUGAAGUUGUCCUCCUGUGAGAUUAUAACACCAGCAGCAGCCCCAAGACAGUUUCAGAGUCUCCUGCCCUAAAGUCUCCCAACAAACCUCCGGACUUCAGUACUUCUCUAUAUCUGUGUUGGUUUGACUCUGAACUCUGAGUUUGUUUCAUUAACACCUGACUGAUGCUUUAAACGGUCGAUUCUGAUCCAUCAGUGUGCAGCCGGCGGUUUGAGGAUGAUCGACUGAUUGAUCGACUGAUUGAUCAGCCUGCUCUGAAAAAAAAAAAAAAGGUAUUGGUGGGAUUUUCCAGCCCUAAUCGGUCUUUCAGGCAGGACCACCUGAGAGGUAACACUCAGGGUGAGAAGGUCUCUCUGUGAGUGCUCAACCUGUGUGUACUGCCUGUGUGUGUGUGUGUGUGUGUGUGUGUGUAUGUGUGUGUGGUGUGUGUGUGUGUGUGUGUGUGUGUGUGUGUGUGUGUGUGUGUGUGUGUGUGUGUGUGUGUGUGUGUGAGCGGUACCACAGCAGGUAUAAUGGGACACAAUGACUGACGGGUCUACCUGGAUCUCCCUGCAAACACUGACAUCACCAUGGCAACGCAGAGAAUCUCAUCACCUUUUUCCUUUUCUAAUAAAUGAUUUUAUAUAGUUUUUGUUUUCUCUCUUUUUGCAAAUGUAAACAUGUUAUCUGUGGUUAAACUUCCAACUGUUUUUAUUUCAGUAUUAAAUAUUGCUGUGUCACGUGGAAA